GCGUCUUAAUAACAAUAGCUUAUCUGGAGAGAUUCCUAGGUCUUUGACUGCUGUCUCGUCUCUUCAAGUUCUGGAUCUCUCAAACAAUCCUCUCACUGGAGAUAUUCCUGUUAAUGGUUCCUUUUCACUUUUCACACCUAUCAGUUUUGCCAACACCAAAUUGACUCCCCUUCCUGCAUCUCCGCCGCCUCCCCUCUCUCCUACAACGCCGUCAGCUGGAGGGAGUAAUAGAAUUACUGGAGCAAUUGCUGGAGGAGUUGCCGCAGGUGCUGCACUUCUAUUUGCUGUUCCUGCCAUUGCACUUGCUUUGUGGAGAAGGAAAAAACCACAGGAACACUUCUUUGAUGUACCAGCUGAAGAGGACCCAGAGGUUCAUUUGGGACAACUCAAGAGGUUUUCAUUGCGUGAACUACAAGUUGCUUCGGAUAACUUUAGCAACAAGAACAUAUUGGGUAGAGGUGGUUUCGGUAAAGUCUAUAAAGGACGGUUAGCUGAUGGUACUUUAGUGGCGGUUAAAAGACUCAAAGAGGAGCGCACCCAAGGUGGAGAACUGCAGUUCCAGACCGAAGUUGAGAUGAUCAGUAUGGCGGUUCAUAGAAACUUGCUUCGGCUUCGUGGCUUUUGCAUGACUCCCACAGAGAGAUUGCUUGUGUAUCCCUACAUGGCUAAUGGAAGUGUUGCCUCCUGUUUAAGAGAACGUCCGGAGUCACAGCCACCACUUGAUUGGCCAAAGAGACAGGGUAUUGCGUUGGGAUCAGCAAGGGGGCUUGCAUAUUUACAUGAUCAUUGUGACCCAAAGAUCAUUCAUCGAGAUGUGAAAGCUGCUAAUAUAUUGUUGGACGAAGACUUUGAAGCCGUGGUUGGAGAUUUUGGGCUAGCAAAGCUCAUGGACUACAAAGACACACAUGUGACAACUGCAGUGCGUGGUACGAUCGGUCACAUAGCCCCUGAGUACCUCUCUACGGGAAAAUCAUCUGAGAAAACCGAUGUGUUUGGUUAUGGCGUCAUGCUUCUUGAGCUUAUUACUGGACAAAGGGCUUUUGAUCUUGCUCGCCUUGCCAAUGACGAUGAUGUCAUGUUACUAGACUGGGUGAAAGGGUUGUUGAAAGAGAAGAAACUGGAAGCGCUAGUAGAUGUUGAUCUUCAGGGUAACUACAUAGACGAGGAAGUGGAGAAGCUAAUCCAAGUGGCUCUGCUCUGCACACAGAGUUCACCGAUGGAAAGACCCAAAAUGUCUGAAGUCGUGAGAAUGCUUGAAGGAGAUGGUUUAGCUGAGAGAUGGGAAGAGUGGCAAAAGGAGGAAAUGUUCAGACAAGAUUUCAACUACCAAAACUAUAACCAACCGAACACUGGUUGGCUUAUAGGUGAUUCUACUUCCCACAUUGAAAAUGAAUACCCCUCUGGUCCAAGAUAAUAAGAUUCGUUACACUGAAUGCUUUCUCUUGUCUUUAUUUUUUGUACUUCUUCUGUAUUUAUUGAGGGUUUUAGUUUCUGCUGCUCCAUGUUACGGUUCUUAAGUUGGUACAGGCAGGAGGAUUCAGAUUGGGUUUGUAAUCUUUAUAUGAAAGAGAUUUGAAUGUUGUUGAAGGCUAAAAACCUAAAACAUGACUUUAGUAGUUA